AUGGAACUAAUGCGACGUAUAACAAUAUUACGUGCAAGACGAUUAUGGGUGUCAUCAUAUUUCAUGAAAGGUCAUUCGAAAUGGGAUAACAUUAAGGAUACUAAGUUUGCAGCUAUGGUUAACAAAAACAAAGUAGCUGAACAAUUAAUGGCUAAAAUGAAGCGAGUUGUUCGAACUGGUGGGCCUGAUCCUAAAUUUAAUAAGGAUUUGGUACAAUUACAGCUAGAAUAUAGGAAUGCGAAUUUUUCUGAUGAAAGCUUUCAACGAGCAUUAAAAAAUGCACAACUGAAGCCAGUAAGAACAGCCAAGUUUACUAUCCUUGGACCUUCUGGAUCAAUUUUUGUCAUUGAAUCGGAAGGUUUAUCUCAAAAAAAGUUGCUAGAAUUCCUUACAGCAUCCUUGGAUAAGAUUGGUGGUGGAUUUCACUUAUCAAAGAACGAUUAUAGCAAGACUUUUGAAGACAAAGGUGUUAUUAUUGUUAGUGCUAUCAAAGCUGAUAAAACAUUAUCAUUAGAUGAGAUGGAGGAAGUUUGUAUAGAAUUGGAUUGUGAUGAUGUGAAUAAAUUUGAAGAGGAUGGAACGGCAUUUUAUGAAUUAAUAUGUGUACGGAAUAAAUUUGCUCAAUUAUUGGCUAUCAUUGAGGAACAAGGCUUCAGUGUCAAAUUUUCUGCUUUGGAACUACGCGCGAUCAAUCCGGUUGAAAUAGAAAAACAUGAAACGGAAAAGGCAUGAUUAUUCAGUUAUAUCAAACGCUGCGGGAAAAUGAAAAUAUCACGCAAGUUUACGCGAACAUCAGGCCAAAUUCUAUACCAAUAA